AUGCUCAGCUUCUCACCGACAACUAAUUUGGCCUACCGUGAUCGAGAAGCCAUCAUGAAGGAUGCCCUGAAGAAGACCAAAGUGGUGGUGCGCAAGCUACCGCCGAAUCUUAAGGAGGAGGCAUUCGUCGAGGCGCUUAAUAAGAAGUACCAAGGCCGCUACAACUGGGUUAUGUUCUACCCCGGAAAAUCGUCGGCCAAGAAGGCGGCACUCUCAAGGGCGUACAUAAACUUUUUCACGCCUGACGACGUGCUUGCUUUCUCCUCCGAUUUUCACGGCCACACCUUCGUCAACGAGAAGGGGCAGCAGUUCCAGGCAACAGUGGAGUACGCGCCCUGGCAGAAAGUUCCGCGGGAGGCGCAAAGAAAGGACCCCAGGCAGGGAACUAUAGAGAAAGACCCCGACUACGUGGCGUUCCUAGCGGCGCUGGAGCAGGGCGAGGAGAGCCUUCCGAGCGCAGAGGUGCAGCUGGAGAAGGCAGACGCUGCCAAGGCCGCUGCUGCAGGAGUGAAGGAGCCGCUAGUGCUGACGCCCCUGGUGGAGUAUGUGUGCCAGAGGCGCGCCAAUGCGCGGGCAGGCCCCCAGGCUCGUGUGGGAGAAGGCCGAUUCAGCUGUUGUUUCUUCUGCAGCACAUUCACGCUCGUCGCGCCGUCACGCGGCUGA